GAAUUUCUUAAUAUAUUUUCCGUCGUUGUUGGUCUCGUGCGGUGCGCGUGUGCGUGUGGCCCAUGUAGUGCGAGAUGUGGUCCUGUGCGCCUUUGGUGCUCGCCCUGAUGAUUCUCGCUACUGUCGAGGAUCUCGUCGUUCGCGGGAGGAGGACCCCUGGCAGGAGUAGGGGGCCCAACUGGUGGAAAAUGGCGAUGGCAGGAGAACCAAACAACCUGCUACCCAUGAGCCCUGGUAUGUUGGCGAUUGAUCCAGCGGUCUACGCCAACCUUCGCAGGAAGCAGCGGCGGCUUGCCAGGGAAAACCCUGGAAUUUUGGUGGCUGUUAGCAAGGGAGCGAACCAGGCGAUCCUGGAGUGUCAGUGGCAGUUCAGAAACAGGAGGUGGAACUGUUCAACCAAGAACUUCCUCAGAGGGAAGAACCUCUUCGGCAAGAUAGUCGAUAGAGGAUGUAGAGAGACGGCGUUCAUCUACGCCAUCACCAGCGCCGCGGUGACCCACUCAGUGGCGAGAUCCUGCAGCGAGGGCAGCAUAGAGUCCUGCACCUGCGACUACAGUCAUCAGGCCAGAGGAGGACCCAACCCCACAGGCACGGCGGCCGGGGUCCGCGACUGGGAGUGGGGCGGCUGCAGCGACAACAUCGGCUUCGGGUACAAGUUUUCGCGGGAGUUCGUCGACACCGGGGAACGAGGGAGAACUCUGCGGGAGAAGAUGAACCUGCACAACAAUGAGGCUGGCAGAGCGCAUGUGGCAGCAGAGAUGCGACAGGAGUGCAAGUGCCACGGCAUGUCGGGCUCUUGUACAGUCAAAACCUGCUGGAUGAAACUGCCCAACUUCCGCGUGGUCGGUGACAACCUCAAAGACCGCUUCGACGGCGCCUCCCGGGUCAUGGUGAGCAACGAGGGCAGUCUUCGAGGCGCCCGGGGCAAGAAGGGCAAGUACAACUUCCAGCUGAAGCCUUACAACCCGGAGCACAAGCCUCCUGGAGUGAAGGACCUAGUGUAUCUGGAGCCUUCGCCGAUGUUCUGCGAGAGGAACCCCAAGCUGGGCAUCGCCGGGACGCACGGUCGCCAGUGCAAUGACACCAGCAUCGGCGUGGACGGGUGCGACCUCAUGUGCUGCGGCAGAGGGUACAGGACUCAGGAGAUUGUGGUGGUGGAGAGGUGUUCUUGCACCUUCCACUGGUGUUGUGAAGUCAAGUGUAAACUGUGUAGGACCAAGAAGACGAUACACACAUGUCUGUAGAGUGCCUUUGACUAUUGGUAGAAGUAGACGUCC